CCACCAUGGUGCUCGCCCUCAACGGCAGCCACCUCUACGGUAACCUCCGGGCCCUGGUCCUGGAGGAGCCGCGGGCGCUGAGCGGCGGCAGGAUGAUCGCCGGCUCCUGGCCCCCGCGCAGCCUGGCGAAGCUCGGCCCGUCGCCCCCCCCGUCGGCGCUGCCCACGGCGAGCCCCCUCCCCGCCAACGACUCCCAGUGCGGGGAGCAGAUCCUCAGCUACGGCAGCGCGGAGAAAGUUCUCAUCGGGGCCGUGCUCUGCCUCAUCACCCUGCUGACCAUCGCCGGCAACUGCCUGGUGGUGAUCUCCGUCUGCUUCGUGAAGAAGCUGCGGCAGCCCUCCAACUAUCUCAUCGUCUCGCUGGCCCUGGCCGAUCUCUCGGUGGCCCUGGCCGUCAUGCCCUUCGUCAGCGUCACCGACCUUAUCGGCGGCGAGUGGAUCUUCGGGCGCCUCUUCUGCAACGUCUUCAUCGCCAUGGAUGUCAUGUGCUGCACGGCCUCCAUCAUGACCCUCUGUGUGAUAAGUAUCGACAGGUACCUGGGAAUAACAAGGCCUCUUACGUACCCUGUAAGGCAGAAUGGGAAGUGUAUGGCCAAAAUGAUCCUGUGUGUCUGGCUUUUAUCUGCCUCUAUCACCAUUCCCCCGCUCUUCGGCUGGGCCCAGAAUGUAAAUGAUGAAAAGGUUUGUCUCAUCAGUCAAGACUUUGGCUACACCAUUUACUCCACAGCAGUUGCAUUUUACAUUCCGAUGUCAGUGAUGCUUUUCAUGUACUAUCAGAUUUAUAAAGCUGCCAGGAGGAGUGCUGCUAAACACAAGUUCACUGGUUUCCCCCGUCUGGAAGAAAUGGAAGGGAUUUCUGUGAAUGGACUUGUAAAACUGCACAAAGAAUCUGAAGAAUGUACUAAUUUUUCACGACUCCUAAAGCAUGACAAGAAAAACAUUUCCAUCUUCAAAAGAGAACAGAAGGCUGCCACCACCCUUGGGAUUAUUGUUGGGGCUUUCACAGUCUGCUGGCUGCCCUUUUUCCUCCUCUCGACUGCAAGGCCCUUCAUCUGUGGUACAGCGUGCAGCUGCAUCCCGCUCUGGGUGGAGAGAACAUUUCUAUGGCUGGGCUAUGCAAACUCUCUCAUUAACCCUUUUAUAUAUGCCUUCUUCAACCGGGACCUGAGGACAACCUAUCGCAACCUGCUGCAAUGCAGAUACAGGAAUAUCAACCGCAAACUCUCAGCCGCAGGGAUGCACGAGGCUCUGAAGCUUGCAGAAAAGCCAGAAUUUGUUCUGUAAGGUCACUCAUCCUCUACUGUGGUAAUUUGUUGUUUUAUCACAUUAGCUUUUUCCCCACAGGUUUGAAAGAAGUGUGUAGGAAGAACCAGGCUGCUUGAGCAAUUGCAGUCAUCAAAAAACAAGGUAGAGCCCACCAGUCCUAAUCAGCCUGGAAAAACAAGACCAUCACCUAAAGAAUUUGGGUGUAAGAGGAAUAUAAGAAAGGACAAAAGUGAAAUGUAGUGCAGGAUGUUUGAGCUGUUAGUGAGGAAAAAGGGCCUAACUCAUUUGUUUGGCCCAAAAAAUGUUUAGUAGGUCUGAAUGCUGGAUGCACCUUGUGUCCUAGAGAUUCUUAGCUGAAAUAAAGACCUGAGAAUGGUGAAAAGUUCGUUUUCUUCCACUUUAGUAUUACAAAAAUCAUUAAAGAAGAAGCUGAUUCAAAGAACUUCUAUUGCAUAGAAAUAUUCUUUAUUGUAAUACCCCAUAUGUUCAUUAAAUAUUGAUUUACUGGAUUGCCUGGAAAUGAACUAUAUUGUGAAAUUUAAUAUUGCCUUUGCACAGCAACUCUGGCACUGAAAGAAUUUGUUACACUUCCAAUUUGAUUGUAAGAGUUUGAGUAAUGUCACAUGGACCAGCAUCUACUGCUGCAUACAGCCAUGCAGCACAGUUAGCUGCAGUGCUGCUGUGCAAAUCACACCAGGUAAUCUUGUGCUAUAUUUCUAAUAUAACAAAUGUGUCUGAUGACAGUUUAUUUCAGGAUCUGUCUGGUCUUUGUCCAUCUCUUCAUUCUUUAAUUCUCUUGGCUUUCUCAGCUGAGCACUUCUCUAAUCUAGAUGGAGACUGUGCUCAAGCCGUUUCUGUUGAUG